UAAUCAUCGCUACCACACCACCUCAAACAAAGUCGUACGUUAGAAACAUUAUUACAUUGGGGAAUGUACAUGGUACCUGGUACUGCAACAGGAUCAUCACCAAUCCAAUCACCGAUAGUGAGCUUCACGCGCCACCUUGGCGCGUAGGGUUGCCAGCUGCUAUUCCUCCAACCAAAAGGAGCCAAAGCCAAAGCCCAUUCGUUCGUCACCGUUCUGUUCACUCUCGCGAGCACCCACCCAACCUUCUUCGCCUUGCCGGUGAUGGAAUUAAAAGCACCCGCCCUAUUCUGCAUCCAAUUCUUGAGCUUCACGUGAACCCCUUUUCGGAUUGAUGACAACUUGUUUGGUUUGGGCAUCAAGAACAAAAAACAAGCUUUGUAGAAUUUUACUGGAAAAUUAUGGAAGCACAUUCUGCUUUCUCUAUUGAAAGGUCAAAUGCUAAUGACAUGGGGAUGUCUGAAGUAUUUCCUUCAUCGUUGCCUGUCCUUCCAUCGCCUCUAGAAGAGACAUUCCCCAAAUUAUCUGAUUCUCGACCAGCUUUUAUGGAAAAAGAACUUAAAACAAAACCUUUUACACAUUCAAGUCAUUUAACUUCCAGCGGAGCAGUUGGGCAUAUGUUUUCAUCUUCUCCUGGAUAUUCAACUGAUCUUCAUCACUCAUCCUUUUCAUCUUAUGAAAAACAACCUAGAAAUACUCAUUUUAUUUCACAACCAUUGGGUAACAUGGCUUCAUUGCCAUUAUCUUAUUCUUCAAAUAGUGAACCAAUACCUUCUACAACGUCAACCCCUUAUUCCAAUGGAAACAGUGUUUCCUGGCAUACAGAUUCUCUGCCUAGCUUUCUUGAUUUCACAGCCAAUACCUCCGUUGAUAAUAGUCAAGUAGAAAACCGUGCCUGCAAUAUCAUGGCAACUGAAGAGUAUUCUAAGCGAAAUGAUUGGCAGGAGUGGGCUGACCAAUUAAUCAGUGAUGUUGAUCCUUUGACUUCUAACUGGAAUGAUCUUCUUGCUGACAACAUUCAAGAUCUGGAACCAAAGGUCACAAAAUCAUCUUCACAACUUCCAAUAGAACACCAAUCUCAAAGCCAUCAACAACUUUGUGCUUCAUCUGGAGAAAAUCGUGUUGGUGUUGCCCCAACUUCCUCAGCAAAUUCUGCACCUGCCAAGCCACGGAUGCGCUGGACACCUGAGCUUCAUGAGGCAUUUGUGGAGGCUGUCAACCAACUUGGUGGGAGUGAAAGAGCUACCCCUAAAGGUGUGCUGAAGCUCAUGAAAGUUGAAGGAUUAACUAUAUACCAUGUUAAAAGCCACCUACAGAAAUACAGGACAGCUAGAUAUAGACCUGAGUCAUCUGAAGGAGCUGCAGAGAAAAAUCUAAGUCGAAUCGAAGAGAUGUCAUCUCUAGAUUUGAAAACUGGUAUUGAGAUCACUGAAGCUCUGAGGUUGCAGAUGGAGGUUCAGAAGCGGUUGCAUGAACAGCUUGAGAUUCAAAGAAAUCUACAGUUGCGAAUAGAAGAACAAGGAAGGUACCUUCAGAUGAUGUUUGAGAAGCAGUGCAAACCUGGCAUUGAAACAUUUAAGGCAUCAUCAUCUGUCAUCGAGAGUCAAUCUGGAGUGUCUUCUGAUGCCAUCAAAGAUUCUCCAGCCAAAACUGAAUCAGAAACCAUCAAGGUGGACCACUGCAAGUCAGGAGCUGAUCUGGCUAAUGGCAGUACCACAGUUGAGGAAAGCUCAUUGGAAGUGGCUGAGAAGCAGGAUGCUCCUGAAAUUCAAGCUUCCGACAAUCCUGAGCAACAUGCUAGUGAAGAUAGUGGUAAUGCCUCAAAGCGUCCAAGGACAGAGGAGUAAGCCAUAUGAUCUACUGAAUCAGCAUUGAACUGACAAGACGAUACCAAUUCAUUUAAGAUUUCUAUUUAGUAAGGAAGACUUGGUAGAUCCAUAACUUGAGUUUCCCCUAACCUGUUGUGAUCAAUGAGGACUUGCAUAUGUAUGUCAUUGUGUUACAAAAAUGAUGAGUCAAUUUUUGGACCAUGAGGUUCUUCGAACUUCUUAUUUAGCAUCCUUGUUAGGAUGAGAUUCUAGUGUACAGUACAGAUAAUGACUACAUCUCAAAUCAUAAGUGAGGAAUGAAUUAGGACAGUAUCUUUCCAAAUACUACCACCCAAAAUUCUAUGUUAGUACGUACAUCUCAAUAUGAAUUGUUUAUUUUAACUGUACCGGAAUAAUAAAAAGAAGGGCACAAUUCUAGUUCUCAA